AUGACGCUCAACGGCUCGUCUGUCCGUGAGAUGCAAUGGACUCAGACCAAUGGGACAAGAAGACUUAUCCGCAACCUCCAACUCGCUCAGGUACAGACGCUACGCACGACACAUCUUACCUUGGGUGCAUUCAGUCUGGCAUUGGCGCUGUUGACAGUCCACCGUAUCAUAUCGGACGCGAGAAGAGCAGCCGCUCUGAAAGUCACAACCAGGAAGCAGAGGCUCAGUGCUCUUCACAAUGUCCAUCCCGCCGAAACGUUUCCACUCGCGCUGGCUUGCGGUGCCGUCUUACAACAAAUUACCUUCGUAGCAGUGCAGAGCACUUCUCUUCAUAGUGUCUUAUCCAACAAGUGUCGGGGAUUCUCGAUGGUCACUCUUCCAGCCAUGUUCAUCAUUGGAUACAUCACUCUAGUCUUCGGUGCUGAAAUGGCUUGGCGUGCAUUUGGAGAGGAACGAUUUGCUCCCCGCGGCAAGUGGAAUACAGCCAUUUGUAUUGCAGUGGUUUUAUUCAUGCUUCUGCUCACAUGGUUACCAACGGUCAUCUGGCCAAUGUUCGAUCGGUGCUUCGGUGGUCUCAUCUGGUUCACCAUGCGAUACGAUCUUCUGAUUCUGGUCGUUUUGUGCAUUCUAGUAGUCGCACUUUUGACGUUGGCUGCUGUACUCAGCAUACAACUCAUGAGGUCGCCCAGAGUGGAUGCGCACGAGCGUAUCUCAGCGUCUCGCAUGACGUACUUCAUGAUCGUCACUGCGUUAAUAUACAUUCUUGUCAUUCCUGUUGAGAUCCAGUCCCUCCGCAAAGACUUCAUGAACGCCCUCGCCACAGCCAGAGUCGCAGAGAUAUCGCUUUUCUCCUCCGGAAUGAUCAUCACAUUCUUUCACCUAUUCCUCCGCACAAACGCUGUGCGAAUGGUAAUUCGACCGGUGGAGGAGAUGAAGGGACCUGAAAAGCAAAAGCGACCCAAGAUUCGAUUUUUUGGGCCCAGUGACCUGGAGAUGAACAUCAGUGGUCCCAUGUCUUUGCAGACUACCCGUAGACCGGAAUCUCGACAAGGCCUGAUUGAUGUAGGACCUGAGAAAAACCGAUUCGACAUUGACCCUGAAUAUUUCGCUCGACCCGAAAGAGCUCUCAGUCCACUAUCCGCCAGAUCCGGACCCACAAUCGAUCUUACUAGGUGGCCUUUGCCUCCGGAGCCUCUCGAGACGGACAACAAGGUUUCAAGCGAAGAGCGGAAUAAGAAGAGCUACUCGUUAUUCCCCACACGGGCCGAGGAUGUACCUCGUCUUCCUGCAACCGUCUAUGACCCAUCGUCCCCCCAAGACAACGCAUCAGUUUCGAAGCUCGCCAUGCGCCGAUUCACACGGAGGAGCUCCGUCACCAAUGUCACCGACGCAUUCGACUUCCUGACCAAGCCGAGACCAUUCUUUGGCGAGCGACACACGCGCAAUCCCAGCACUGACAGCAGUGCGACUGUUCAGAUUGGUCUACGCUUCUCUGUCGCGCCAGCCACUCUUGCCGCAGCCAAAACCAGCAAACCUGAGCGCGAAGCGGACUCUAUAACUACCGACGCACCUUCUCUCACUCGCAAGGUGACUGAUUCCAGUGAUUCUUCACUAGGCCUUCCCAUUCAGUUACCAUCCACAACCUACACGCCAGAAGACAGGACGCCUAGCCCCAGUGUCUUCCCCAGUCCUCCACCGCGCGAUCCCUCACCUACGCAGCCCAGGGCAAACAGCCCCGUACGAGCUCCAACAUCUCCACUCCUCCCAGCACUGAACAGCGGCGCCUACCUCCAAGCCCAACGCGAGAAGGUUCUCUCCAUUCCACAACCAUCUCCAAAGCCUGCUCCACGGAUCAUCACUACAACACCUCCCACCAUUUCAGGCUCAUCCGGAUCCAGUGGCCUGCAAAUGAACCCCAUCACCCCAGUGACAUCCGCAUCUUCCUCCACCCCUUCUUCCCCAGACACACCCGUCUCAGCCCCCACCAACCGUCUCAACACCGACCGCACCGCCCCAUCCCCCACCGCCCGCAUCCCCCUCGGCGCAGGCACCAUGUCGCGCAGUCCUCCACGAAACGGCUGGAUUUGA